AUGAAUGAUUCGGAGGUGACCGACUUCAUUCUGCUGGGAUUUAGAGCUCCCCCGGAACUGCAGCUUCUCUUAUUCUUGAUGUUCUUGAUGGUCUACAUGGUCAUUGUGUUGGGAAACGUGAGCAUGAUAAUUGUCAUCAGGGGAGACAUCAAGCUCCACACACCAAUGUAUUUCUUCCUUAGCAAUUUGUCUUACUUAGAUCUCUGCUACUCCACAGUCAUUGCUCCCAAGACGUUAGCCAACUUCUUGACCAAGGAAAAGAAGAUCUCAUACAAUGGCUGUGCAGCCCAGUUUUUCUUCUUCGCCCUGUUUGUCACAACAGAAGGCUUCCUCCUGGCCGUAAUGGCAUUUGAUCGAUUCUCGGCCAUUUGCUCCCCUCUGCUCUACCCAGUGCACAUGUCCCAGAAAGUCUGCGUUCAGUUGGUCACUGGAUCCUAUCUCUGCGGCUGUAUCAACUCUGUUGUGCAAACAGGCUUCACCUUCAGCCUGCGUUUCUGUGGAGAAAACAGACUGGACCAUUUUUUCUGUGACGUCCCAGCCCUGAUCAAGAUUGCGUGCGUCGACCCCUUUGUGAAUAAGAUCGUGCUGUUUGUCCUCUCUGCGCUCAUCAUCAUCAGCACCACGGCUAUCAUCCUGGUUUCCUACGCUUACAUCCUCUGCACUGUGCUCAAGAUCCCCUCCGCCCGCGGCAGGAGCAAGACCUUCUCCACCUGUGGCUCCCACGUAGCCGGGGUGAGUUUAUUCUAUGGAACCGUCUUCUUCAUGUACGCCCAGCCUGGGGCCAUCUCUGCACCAGAGCAAAGCAAGAUCGUAGCUGUGUUCUACACACUUAUCAUACCAAUGCUAAACCCGCUCAUAUAUAGUCUGAGAAACAAAGAUGUGAAAGAGGCUGUGAAAAGGAUAAUACGUAGAGGAGCAGGUGUUUAG